AUGAGAGUUGACCAGCUAGCUCAGAGAAUGGACGACCAAAACGCUCUUAUGAGGCAGCUCCUCAAUCAAAUAAGCGUGGCUCAAAAUCUUGGCCUUGGACAACCAGGCGAAGAGAGAAGAAUAGACGAACGCACCGGUGGGCAGCUCAACAGGCACCAAGUAGGUCAAGCAGGAGUGAGAAGACAAAGGGAUGCACAACCACGUGAUCAACUUACCGACAUGUCGCAAGCAUAUGCAAGCCAUACACAAAGCAACGUGCGAGAAAGGCUCGGCCCACGACUUGACGUCCGUGCUCGCCUGGGCCCGCAAGGAAAUGUACUUCAAAGGCUAGGCUCCCAGGGAGGUCAAAUUGGCAAUCGCCGCAAUGAGGAUCGUGAAGAGAGGCGCUCCGCUGCCCACUCGCAUAGAAAUAUUCAAGAAAGACUAGGCCCCUAG